AUGGGCCCUCUGGUCGAAAUGAUUGGCCCCAUUUUGAACGGUCUCUAUGAUCCGCUACCUUCUUCUAUCCAACAGUUUCUCGACUGUCAUGAGCGCGUUCUAUAUGUGGCGUUUGGACAACAUGCGACCGCAAAACCACAAGAAGCAACACGUCUAUUAGUCGAACUUUUGCAAUUUUUGGAGAAUGGUCUAAUCGAUGGAUUUCUAUGGGCUACUGGAAGAUCAAUUGCGGGCUUACCGGAUACAGUCAUGACGGCAUCAGGGCAUGUGUAUCGAGUUCAAGAUCUUAGGAGUUUAGCAAAGGCAACAACGAGUGGCAAUGACAUGUACAGCGCCAACAACCACACUGUUGCAAACCACCACGACGGCCAAUUACUUGAUUGGGCUCCACAAUUGGCUAUCCUCCAACACACCGCCAUUAUUACGUUUCUGUCACACGGUGGCGGGAUGUCAUUAAUUGAAGCGUUUUAUACCGGCAAGCGUACGGUAAUCAAACCAUUUUUUGGGAUCAACCUGCACACGUAUUCCUUUUUGAGCGCGAACAAUUGGGAGGCUGCCUUGAUAUGA